AUGGUUGCCGACGCCCUCACAUACCACCCCACCAUCUCCCAUCUCCUCAAAUUCCUGUCUACGACCCUUGGUCGUGACAAACUCCUCCGAUUGAUCCAAUACAUCUCCCGUUUCCUCUCCUUUUACCUCUACCGGAAGGGUUACAGCCCUGCCAUCAUUGCUCCAUUCGAUGCCAUCAAGAAGCAAUUCGGGAUGACCCGAAAGCUCAUGCGUGUGGGAAAGAACGUCGAGAGCUUCAAAUCUGCUAGCCUUGCCUACGAUGAGAAGGCCGUUGAUCCAGUUCUCAAAUAUGCCGCAGUCGGACGACAUUUGGGAUACGCUGGUUACCUAACAUUGGAUAGCAUUCACUACCUCGACUCCUCGGGUAUUUUUAAAAUCACCAAUCCUAAGCGACUGUCCGAUACUGCAAACAAGUUCUGGUUUACCGGACUUGUUUUCUCCAUCGCAUCUUCCGUAUAUACUCUCAAGCGAAUUGCUGAGAGGCAUGCAUCCUUGAACAAGCAGGAGGCCGAGCAUUCGCUCGAGGAGAAGAAGUUGGUUAAGGACCAGAAGGCCGUUAAGAAGCAGCUUCUUAGCGAUAUCUGUGAUAUCACCAUCCCAGGUUAUGCUCUGAGCACCUACGGAUUCAACAACCUAGAUGACGGCUUUGUCGGAUUGGCCGGUACCGUUAGCAGUGUUCUUGGAUGUAUGGCUGCUUGGGACAAGACUGCUUGA